CUAACUGCUGAGAAACCGGGAAAAAAAUACUACUACUCCAUUAAUACGACAAUUUAUCCGACAGGGGGUGGGGGUGAGUCGGGUGACCUAGCUAGUCGAAAUGAUGAUGAUCAACUACCCUCAUCCUUUCCUAUGGGCUCUGGACCCAUACAGACCCGCCCCUGUAUUGUCAGAAAAACCCACAACCUUUCGAACCAAUUCCAUCGGAUACGGUGCCGGCUUGACAAUCCCUUGCUUAACGGGUUGAACAUCAAAACCCCGAAAAACAACUCACUUCCAAGAACGUUUUAAUAGUCACAUCGAAUACAAAUGUCAUUGAUUUCAGUUUCUUCUCCGUUGAUACUCUCUCCACCCACAUGGGUUUGUCGCCGGAUCGAUUCAAGGGUUUCUCUCUCUGCCACCCCAGUCCGUAGCUUCACGGUAGCAGCAAAGAACUUGCCUUCAGCAAUAGAUGGCUGCAGUGUGUUGUAUGGGGGUGCCUGCAAGUUUUCUAGCUGGUUUUGUGGGUUAAAAUUUUGGAUACCUCAAAAUCUAGACCUUGGGCGGGUCAGUAGAAAACGUGAACAGGGUAAUGAUUUUAGGAAUGCACAAAUUCAAGAUGACGAUCACUCUGAGUGUGCGAAGUCAAAUCUAUCACACGAACAACGUGUUUCUGAAGGAGCAUCAGCAAUCAGCUUGCCUAACGACUCAGCAGAGGGACUGAAAGACACAAGUUCGCAGCAUGGGGAAACUUCUUUACCAAAUGUUCAACCGUCAAUUUCUACUGGAAUAGCAACUGCCAUGGAGUCACCUUCAUCUUUUUCUGCUGAAGGGGCACCAAAGACAACUCCGCUACAUGGAGGAAGUUCUGACCCUAAUGGUGAACUUAAUAUUUCCACAAGAACGGUUGCUUCCCUGGAAUCUCCUUCAUCUUUGCCAAAAAUCCGGUCUUCCACUGUUGCUGCUUGGAAAGGUGGAGCACCCUCUCUUGGCAUUGCUGUGAUUGGCGCUACUGGUGAACUAGCACGGAAUAAGAUUUUCCCUGCACUCUUUGCUCUGUACUACAGUGGCUUUCUUCCCGAGAAUGUAUCUUUUUUUGGAUAUUCGAGGAAGACUUUGACAGAUGAAGAUCUCAGAUCCAUGAUAGCAUCAACUCUUACUUGCCGCAUUGAUCAUCAGCAAAAUUGUGGGGAUAAAAUGGAUGCUUUUCUCAGUCGAACAUACUACCUUAAUGGAGGGUAUGACAAUAAAGAAGGGAUGUCAAAACUCCAUGCUCGAAUGGAACUGAUUGAGGAUGAGUUUAAAGCAAACAGAAUAUUUUACCUUUCUGUGCCACAAGAAGCACUUCGAGACGUUGCAACCUCUCUUGCUGUGAAUGCCCAGACAAAGAAGGGCUGGAAUCGUGUAAUAAUUGAGAAACCAUUUGGUUUUAAUCCAGUGUCUUCUCAUCAGUUGACCCAAUCUCUUCUUUCUACAUUCCAGGAGGACCAACUAUAUAGGAUAGAUCAUCUUCUGGGAAGGAACAUCAUUGAAAACCUUACCGUUCUCAGAUUCUCUAAUCUUGUUUUUCAGCCACUGUGGAACCGAACAUACGUACGCAAUAUACAGAUCAUUUUGUCCGAAGACUUGGCUGUGCAGAUGCAAGGAAGGUAUUCUGCUGAAUAUGGAAUUAUUGGGGAUAUCAUACAGAGUCAUAUACUCCAGACAAUUGCAUUGCUUGCUAUGGAGCCACCAAUAAGUCUUGAUGGUGAAGAUAUACGAAAUGAGAAGGCCAAGGUUUUGAGAUCGAUCCGUAAACUGGAACCUAGUGACGUCAUUCUUGGUCAGUAUAAAGCUAGCUCAGAGGACAAGGUUCAUAUUUAUUCGGAUACUCUGACACCCACGUUCUUUGCUGCGGCUUUGUUUAUUGACAAUGCACGGUGGGAUGGCGUGCCUUUUCUAAUCAAAGCUGGAAUGGGACUGAUCAAACAUAGAGUGGAGAUACGCAUACAGUUCCGUCAUGUUCCUGGCAACCUUUAUCGUGACCGAAUCGGCCAUAACAGUGAUCUUGCAACUAAUGAACUGAUUUUAUGCGAUGUGCCUGAUGAAGCCAUCCUAGUAAGAGUUAACAAUAAGAUUCCAGGACUAAGUUUGCAGUUGGAUGCUUCUCAACUGAAUUUGCUGUAUAAGGAUAAGUACACUGCAGAGAUACCUGAUUCAUAUGAGCAUCUUCUUCUUGAUGUCAUUGAUGGAGACAACCAUCUGUUCAUGAGAAGUGAUGAGCUUGCUGCUGCCUGGAACAUUCUGUCUCCGGUUUUGCAAGAGAUAGACAAGAAAAAUAUAGCGCCAGAGCUGUAUGAGUUGGGUGGUAGGGGUCCCGUUGGAGCCUUCUAUCUCUGGGCGAAACAUGGUGUUCGCUGGGUUGAGGACUAGUGAGCCUCUCUCUCUCUCUCUCUCUCUCUCUCUCUCUCUCUCUCUCUCUCAUGCGUGCGUAUGUUAGCUUCCUGAUUGUGAUUUGGAUACAAGUUAUCAGUGAGUAAUUAGCGUUCCAAUAACCAUUUAAACAUAAAUGGAUGUACCGUGGAGUUGCUAUCUAUAUUUAUUCUCCAACAGUUGCUAUCUCUUUCA